AUGCGCAAUGGAGCGGUCACAUGGUAUUACCACAUGACCGUGACGUCACGAAGGUCCCUUCCAAGGAUAGGAACUAGCCGCUACCGCCGUCGCUGUAGCGGACGAAUUUCCCUGUGUAAGGAAGCGAACAAAGUAGAGGAAUGGAGUGAGGGCAAUGGGAUAACCCAUGGAAGUGAUAAUGCAGCGUUGCUAAACUGACCGGAUUAUAAAAUAAGAAGUGGGAAUAACUCGCCCUCAUGUGGUGAGUGUGACUUUUAUUGAGUAUAAACGCUAGAACAAGCAUGCUUCUCCAGAGAAGCUGUCGUGCUCUAACUCUCCUGCUGUCCCAUUGCAGCAGCGCACUGCUCCCUAAUGUUAUCCAUGUGCCCUACCGCAUGUCUUCCUCCUGGAUUUCGGGGAAGAAGCGAAGUUACUGGCGGUACCUAAAGAGACGUGUAAUGGGGCCAGUGACACCACCCUACUCCCGUGUGACCCAAACUGGGGAUCCUGUUCUGCGCUGCACUGCUGCCCGUGUACCCUGUGCCCAGAUCUCCCACCCAGACACACAAGCGGUUGUCAAUCAGAUGGUGCGUGUCUUGCGUGCGGGCUGUUGUGUGGGGUUAAGUGCUCCUCAGAUUGGGGUGCCGCUGCGCAUCCUGGCAGUAGCUUUCCCACAACAAAUGUACCAGGCUGUGCCACCUGAGGUUCGCAAUGCUAGAGAGAUGAGCCCAUUCCCACUCCAAAUAUUUAUUAAUCCAGAGAUGCGAAUCGUGGAUUCCCGGACUCUUAGCUUCCCAGAGGGCUGCAGCAGCGUUCAGGGAUUCUCUGCAGUGGUGCCCCGGUACUAUGCCGUGGAACUACAAGGGAUGAAUCCAAAGGGUGAACACGUUACCUGGCAGGCUCAAGGUUGGGCUGCCCGAAUAAUUCAGCAUGAAAUGGACCAUCUGGAUGGGGUUCUGUAUAUUGAUAAGAUGGAUCCUCGGACAUUUGUCAACAUCAGCUGGAUGGAGGUGAAUGACUAGGAAAGCAGAAUGCUUGAAGCCCCAAGAUCAAUGAAAUGGAAAUACUUUAACCACCAUUCAGAUGUAACGGCUCUUACACAUGGGCCUCUCUUUUUGUGUGUUUAAAAAUGCAUGCUGGGAACAUAACACAUAUUGCGUUUAAAUACAUUUUUAAAAAAUGAAACUAACGCAUAUUUGUGAUUUUAAAACACAUCUCUCAGUUGUCUUAUAAACACACCCCAAGCAGUAAAAAAACAUGCAAUACUUUACAAUUUUAAACACACAGAAAAUAAUGAAAUCAGCUGAUGCUCACAAAGAAUGCCUGAGUGUAAGAUCCUUUGGUUAGUGCAACCUACAUUACAGAAAUGACAAUACUCUUGGAAGACACCAUGACUUCUUAAAAAAACAAAAACAAUGCCUUGAACGAAGAGCUAAUAGUUAAUUUGAUAUUGAUUACAUUCUGCAGAUUUGCUCAGGUUGCCAAGAAAUAAGUUCAUCCUUAUUUUAGUUUUAUUAAAUAUUGUGACUUGUGCAGUAUCUAAUGUUCAAAGGUCAUUUUUUGUCUGUCUCCCAGAAAGAUUAUUUUGGGCCAUUCAUUUGAUGGCACAUAAUCUGCCCUUUAGGGUAAGAACCCACAGAGCGAAUUAGUAAAGGAUUUCUGCUAUCGUGAGCGAGUGACCGCUCUGAAAAGGCUUUCCACCAGCAACAGUAGAAGUCGCCGGUGGAUAUUGCUUCGGUAAUCCGAAGUCGCGUGAAGUUUCCUCCUGCAGGCAACUUUGAAAAACAAAGUGAUGCAAAGGGCUUUCAACAAGCGACUUCUAUGGUAGCAACCCAAACUCUGCUGUCUCUUCUUUAAGGGUGUAUUUAUAUAAAGCACCCACAACAACCAAAACUAUGCUGUCAAAAUGGCCCUACUUCUUUUCUUUAUGGGGUGUGUGACAGUCACAUACACAGAUAGGCAAUAUUUGUAUUAGUUCAUGCAUUCAGUUCUGUUACAGUACAGCAGGGACUAAAUCUUCAGUCAUAAAACUCUGUACCACAUUCCAUUAUAUGACAUGGCCUGCACCAAAGCAAGUCGAUACAUAUUAGAAUGUGCAAGAAGUCUAAAGAUAGGGUUAUCACCUGAGCAAUACUUGGGCCCAAAGGUCAUCUUAAUUCAACACAGGAAAAAAAAAAAAAGUGCAGAAGUCCAACAUAAAUAUCAGUGUAGACAAGCACUGCAAGGGAAAAAUAUAACUUCCUCAAGAUGGUCUAAAGAAAGGUUGCCUGUAAAACAAUGACAAUGAAACUACUUUAUUUUGAACAUACAAGUGUACAUUAACUAAGGUGACGUUUCAGGCCUUACUUGGCUUUUUCUCAAGCUUGAGAAAAGGCUAAGUGAGGCCUGAAACGUCCCUUUAUCCGAGGUCGAGCCAUGUGUAUCCAAUUAAGGCAUUUUAUGAUAUAAAGGUGCUGUAUGCUGUUUUUCUUUUGACUACUGGAAUGGAUUGUGGCCAUUAAGGAUAUGUGCAUCUGCUACUGCUAAACAGGGAGCUGACUGUAUCAAUUUGAUAUUAAUUAAAUAUAUGAAUGGUAUAAAAAAAGCCACCUUCUUCAGACUUAUGUUAUGUUACUAAUAUACUGUAAAUCUCUGCAAUAAAGCAAAAUUGAACAACUGUUCUUAUCAGGAAAGAAAAGCUUGUCCCAUUAAGCAAAAUCAGUAACAUAACAUUAAUACUGCUCUACUUUAUUUAACACCACAUAAGAAUUUUCAGGCACAGAUAAAACCUUUUAUUUUGAUGAUAGUGUCAUUGUAGUUAUGUAGGUGGAGGAAAUAAGGUUGUAACAGUGGAUAUUUAAAGCAGUGUUCUAAUGAUAAAUUCCUUAUUCCUUAGUGUCUAAAACCCAGUAACCUCACUUGUUAUUCUAAGAAUUAUUUAGGAUGAAAAUGAAGACUACCUUUUAAACAAAGUCCCUCCUUUAAUGUGUUCCCCUUGAAAAUUAGAGCAGAGGAUAAAGGGUCAUGCUUUUAUUAAGAGCAUCAUUUUUCUGCUGCUGGGUGGCUGCAUUCUCAGUUCCUUAACACACUGUAAUAACAAACAAGUUGGGUAUUUGUCCUCUCCAAUUUACUGUACACUAUUAUAGAGAAUAUUUUGGCACUUUGUACAUUCUAGUUGGUUUAACUUAAAAAAAAAAAAAA